AUGGCGGCGGUGAAUAGUCUUCAGUGGCCGUACACCCCAGGAAAACCUUUAUCGAUUGCUGAAAGACAACACAUUAUACAAUUAUUUAACGGCGGACUCACAAAAACGGAAGUUUCUGAACGGCUUCGCGUAACUUUUCAGUGCGUAACAAACGUCAUAGAACAUUAUCGUCGGUAUGGCUCUGUCAAUCCGUUAGGACAUAGCGGUAAGCAGCCUGUUGCUUUGACAUAUGAUAUUCUGGAGGACAUAGAGGUUUGGAAGCAUCAGAAACCAUCCUUGUAUCGUCGACAUCGUGAAACAACUUUUGGAAUGCACUGCCGCGAACGAGUGAACGUCAUUCCCGCGCUUUACCCAACAUGA